UGGGUGGCGCCAACCAAAAUUGCCACAUGGCGAUCAUGCAGGUUGAGUGGUUGGCUAUUUGGAAUGUGUAGAGGUUUUGACGUUUCGACUUCUUUGGGCCGUCUUUUUAAGAGAGAAACGAUGCAAUUUGGGCCUUUUGGCAAGCCCAUGAAGGGACAUGCCCCGAGGCGUGCCUAUAUAUUCCGCAUAGGAGAGAGAGAGAGGUCAUUUGCUCAUUUUCUCAAAUUUUUGUUUUCUUUCUCUCUCUAAAAAGCUCCCGGAAAUGGCCGACAAACUAAGCCACGCUGCCAUGAGAGCUGCUCGGUUGAGGGCAGAGCUGAAGGAGAAGUCUCUGGGCGUUCCUCCUCCCCCAAAGGACCCUUCGAAGCCUAAGGCCUCUGAAAAGAGAAAAGAGAGAGCUGCUGAGAAGGUUGCCCAAACUGAAAAGGCGGUCGCCAAGUCCCAGGCCGAGCGAGCUAAGAAGGCUAAAUCCAUUAAGGUGAACAACCCUAGGGAUGAGGCGCCUGCUACGUUGGCCGAGGGGAACGAUAUCUCUCUCCACUCUUCUGACUUCAAGCCAGUGGGGAGCCCUCAGUAUACUCCCGCCUCUCCCCGUCCAGCACUACUUGACGACCCUGAGGCGGUCAACUUGGCUUUGGCCAAGCCUUUCAAAGAGCUGGAUAUCCGUGAUUUGGACUCCCGCUGGACCAAUGCCAUAGACUAUCUUUACGGUCCUACUGACCAGGAGUACAUCAAUAACGCCAACGACGAUAAUGAGACCGAAAACCUGUUUCGUUCUUGGGUCGAGGUGAGUUUUGAUUGCUUCUUUUCGACCUGGUUGUUGUCUGACCAUCCUCCUUUCUUUUUAGUUCUCUGCUCGGUUGGCCAAUGUUGCCAAGAACAGGGUUCACUUGGAUGAGGAGGUGGAGGACCUUCAUUUGAAGGGGAAGAAGCACUUUGAUGAGGUCCACCAAGCCAAUGAGGGCAAAAGAAUUGCGGAGGCCAAUCUGGCCAAUAUCGAGCGUUGUAUCAAACGGGACCAGGAGAACUUCCAGGCCGAGCGGGACAAUUGGAAGAACGAGAAAAUUGGCCUUAUCGCCGCCAAGGAUGACGCUGCGUUGGCGAAGCUUGCUGCCGAGGCAAGGCCGACCGACGCUGAGAACAGAGUCGCCGAGCUUCUGGCUCGGCUAGCCGAGGUUGAGAAGCUUGCCCGCACUGAGGAGGAGUGGUUUAACUCCUAGAGGCAGUCCAAGGCCUGUGAGACCUUUGCCAACGAAGUUGGCUCCAAAGCUCAGAAAAUGGGGGAGGACGACGCCCUUGGUAGGAUGAAGAAAGCGUUGGCCGAUUUCCAUCCUACCCUUGGCAUAGGUCGAGGACGCUGCCCUCCUAGCUACCAGGCCUUGGCUAACGUCGAGGACGCUGCCAUCCGACCUGAGCUUGGCAUAGGUCUUUCUGAUGGGGAGUCUGAUGAUGCCGAAGGAGAGGACCCUCCAACUGAGGUGGGUCAGUCCGAAGAGCUUACUGGAAGCACCAACGAUCAGACCGAUCCCCCUCCUGCUUAGAUCUUUAGUAUUUAUAAAUUAUUGUACUUAGGCAUUUUUCUGGCUUUUGGUAGUACCAAGCCUUAAUUUGUAGUAACUCAUUAUGAAAUAUAAUCACUUUUGGGGAACGCUUCUUUUUGUCAUUUGCAAUCUUUCUUUGUCUAUCAUGUUGUCCGACCAACUCUGAGUUGUUCGGAUUGUUUUCAUGUUUUAGGUUUCUGUUGGACUGGUUAAGUCGUGUUUGCUUGAAAAUAAAUUGCUUGAAAAUAAAGUGUUUUGACUGGUUAAGUCUUGGCUGACUGGUAAAGUCUUUCAUAUAUCUGGACCUUAAAAUGGCCUGAGC